AUGGAUCAUCUCAAAGCUGCACUCAACCGCAAGCACCCUUUCGAGACGGGCAUAACUCUACCGCUGUCUCUCGAAGCAGCUAUUGAAACCCAACUCUCUUUGACCCCCGAUGAGAUCAUCCGGCGUCGGAAGCUCACCAUGGAAGCAAUCAAGAAGCGAGCGGUAGCAUUGGAGUCAGCAACUACUACUUCGCAGGCCUCCAUGCACUCCGAUGUCGCAAAGAUCGCCGGCAACCUGAAUUUGGACCUCCUGGAGGAACUCAUAGACUUGACGGAGUAUCCAGACAGAGCCCUGGUCGAAGACCUCCGAAAUGGCAUGCCGGUAGUCGGUCACAUUACGGUGUCGCCCGGGGUAUUCGCGCCCCCUCGCCCCCCGAUGGACUCGGAUGGCAAAGAAAGGGUCAUCUCUCUCGAUGAGUUGCACAGCAGAGCAAGGUCCGCCCGAGCUGGUAUCAUCAACUCCAUUUGCGAGGAAGGCUUCAAAGCGGAGGUUUGGGAAGGCACCCUUCAAGAAGUGGAGAAAGGACACUUGGAAGGUCCUUUAGAGCUGGCCGCUAUCGAAUCGUCCUUCGAAAACCCG